AAUACGCCAUAACAUUAGAAGAAGCGGCGUUCCAAAAUGGCGAUGGACGGUAUGUCCACGUCUGCAUCAGGACUACCGUAUCAUCAUGUUUCCGACUAUUAUCCGAGGAAACUUGGUCCUAAGCCGGACGUGGUACCUUCUGGCGUAACGGAGAGGAAAACCGGACCUGCAGAUAAACCUGACAUGGUCUCAGUGGACGUUAUUAACUUCAAGGAUUCGGAUAGACCAGUACACAGGAAGAAACAAGAAGCAGACACAUAUGUUCUGGGCACCAUUCAUCCUUUCCGCAAGUCACACAAGUCCAUCUUUAGCAAGUUCAUCCAGGAGUUUAACCUGGUCACUUCAGAGAGACGGUCAUGGAGGAUCUUACUGUUCGGGCUGCUGAAUGUAGUCUGUACAGCCUCUCUGCUGAUGUGGUGCAACUCCACAAACAGUAUGGCUUUAACAGCCUACACAUACCUCACCAUUUUUGAUCUUUUCAGUUUGAUAACAUGCCUCAUAAGCUCCUGGGUGACUAUGAAAAAGCCAAGUCAGACCUUUUCGUUUGGUUUCGAGCGCUUUGAGGUCCUGGCAGUGUUUGCCUCUACAGUGCUGGCUCAGCUGGGUGCUUUGUUCAUCCUGAAGGAAAGCGUGGAACGCUUUAUGGAGCAGCCAGAGGUGCACACAGGGCGCCUUUUAGUCGGGACCUUUGUGGCUCUGUUUUUCAACCUGCUGACUCUCCUUUCAAUCAAGAACAAGCCCUUUGCCUACGUUUCUGAGGCUGCCAGCACCAGUUGGCUUCAGGAACACGUAGCUGACCUGAGCCAAAGUCUUUGUGGGAUCGUCCCAGCACUCAGCAGCAUUUUAUUGCCUCGAAUGAAUCCCUUCGUCCUUAUCAACCUGGCUGGAGCUUUUGCUCUUGGAAUCACUUACAUGCUGAUCGAGAUUAACAACUAUAACGCAGUGGACACUGCGUCUGCCGUAGUAAUCGCCCUCAUGACCUUUGGCACCAUGUAUCCCAUGAGUGUGUACAGUGGAAAGGUUCUUCUCCAGACCACUCCUUCCCAUGUCAUUGGACAGCUUGACAAAGUGCUUAGAGAGGUUUCAACCCUGGAUGGAGUUUUGGAAGUUCGGAAUGAACACUUCUGGACUAUAGGCUUUGGCUCUCUGGCUGGCUCCAUCCACGUGCGCAUCCGGCGGGAUGCCAACGAGCAAAUGGUGCUGGCUCAUGUUACCAGUCGUCUCCACACACUUGUCUCCACACUCACUGUACAAAUAUUCAAGGAUGAUUGGACACGUCCAUCCUUGUCCACCGGCCCUCUCAGUAUCUCCGACAUGCCGAUGGCAUCCGGGAAGCAACUCGAAGAACUGGAGCCACUGACUUCUACGCCCUCUAAACCAAGUAGCCCACCUCCUGAGUUCUCUUUUAACACACCUGGAAGGAACGUGCGACCUGUUUUACUCCCAAAUAUUCAUCAGCAACGACCUUAUAACAUGGGCCUCGCAUACGGACCUUCUACAUACAAUACGGUGCUCAGUCAGGGUUUAGCCCAGCCAGGAAGCAGCCUUGGUGUGGGUUUGGGGACAGGACCAAGAAUCCCCUCCAUUCAGAGCUACAGGACUUCUUUUAGUGCAGCUCCAAACAUAUACGGAAGCAAUAUGCUGCCAUCACAGAGCAGUCCGUAUAAACACUGAUGGUACUUUCCAAGCUGGACUAAAACGUCAACCAAGAACACGCUGAGCUGCAGAGGACCGUAACUAUUAUGACUAUUUAAUUAAUAGGACCAACAGUCUUCUCCUUAAAGAAUUUUCUAAUUACGUUUUUUGUACUAUUAAACAGAUCACACUCAGUUUUGCCCACUGAUGUUGAUUUAGGAGGGUCGUGUAAAAAAAGAUCUGAAUCAACUUUUGUGUUAAAAAGACGUGUGUGUGGGUUUGUGUAUUAUGAUUUGAGCAGAAUUCUGCCCAGGAAUGCUUGAAUAUAAGCAUUAUACCUGUAUUGUGUUUAAGACGUAAUUGAUUCUUCAUCUGUUUGCAAGAUCCACUUUUAUCCAGUAACUACAAACAACAAUUACUCAUAUUAAGUACUGGUAAAUUGUUUUAAUGGGAAGUAUGUCAAUGACCAAAAUAAAACAUCUACAUCUAUUAAAUAUUUCUACUUAAGGAAAA